AAGUGGAAGCGGGAUGCUCAGGUCAGUGUUUCUGUGCACAGCAGAUUAUCAGCUCGCACACUCAGGACAGCACGGAGAUUCACCAAGAAGAUGGAAGCGAAAGAUGAACAUAUCGAAAAACUGAUUCAUGAAUUAUCACCUGAUGUAGAGAGAGAGCUGAGAAACACCUGGAUGCGCCUCCUCAAAGGAACAGUUGUGACGGGAGGAUGCACAUUAGUAUGCGCGGCUCUCUUUGGACCUGUGGGGUUUGCUGUUGGUGGAGUCAUUGGUGGCCUCUCCAGCUGGCUGACCAGUAAAAAGUUCAAGUCUGUGCCUGAGAUCCUGGGGGAGAUGACUGAUGACCAGAGGAGAGAGCUCUUCAACGCAAUCAGGCGACAUUUACGUGGCCUGGUGUGGAAAACUGCUGAAGACCUCAUUGAUAAAGUGAUGAGAAAUCCUGAUCUCAAGACCACAAUUAUCAAUUUGUUAAUCGGAAUGUUAAUGUGAGAACAGGCGUCUUAACAUUUAUGACUCUGUGUGUGUGUUGGCCUUCGUGAUGGACAAACACAGUCAGUGAAUUUUAACCAGACGUAUUUCUCAGUUAGAAACAUAAAUUAGAGAUAAUCUGUGCCGGAGUAGAAAGUCAAUGUAUUUUCUUCACUCUGAUUCAAAUAAAAGAAAAA